UAGAGGCCAGACUGACUCAACCAGCCUGUCAACAUCUGAGGACGCGCCGCGCCUCCCUUCCGUUCCUUGCACCUCAGGUUUAACAUAAACUAGAUUAUCCUGGGUGGGUUACUGGGCAAAUGUUUCCAGUUGAUGAGAGUAACCUUCCCCAUCCCCUACAGUAGAUGGCAGAAUUCUAGCCAGCUCCACUGCUGCCCAAAAGGAGAGUAGAGGACAUUCACAUAGCUUUGAGGGACGUCUGGUGGAGAAGUGCUGUCACAACAGGUGGAUGAGCUGUGUGAAUGUGAGUCCUGCCUUAGCGUGAUGGAGCAGUGUGCGUGUGUAGAGCGGGAGCUGGAGAAGGUGCUCCACCGCUUCAUGACGUACAGCCAUCAGUCGGAGGAACGCCUGGACGAGCUGCUCAGGAACGUCUACGAGCUGCGCAGCCAGCUGGUGGCCUUUGGUGUGCAAGAUGCAGACUUGUCUGUCUUCUCCCAAACGAUGACCCAGUGCUGCAAGGAAAUCAAAGAGACAGUGCAGAUGCUGGCAUCCAAACACAAGGACAUACACGGCAGCGUGUCCAAGGUUGGCAAGGCCAUCGACAGGAAUUUUGACGCGGAAGUGAGUGCAGUAGUUGCUGAGACGGUGUGGGACACGCCCGAGAGACAAAAGUACCUCAGCGAAACCAUCGUGGAACACCUCUACCGACAAGGAAUGCUCAGCGUUGCCGAGGACUUAUGUCAGGAGUCCGGUGUGGUCAUCGAUAUGAGCAUGAAGCAGCCCUUUCUAGAGUUGAAUCGAAUCCUUGAGGCUUUGCGUACACAGGACCUCCGGCCUGCCCUAGAAUGGGCGGUGACGAACCGGCAGCGUCUGCUGGACCUGAACAGCACGCUGGAGUUCAAGCUGCACCGCCUCUACUUCAUCAGCCUGCUCAACGGCGGCAUCGGGAACCAGAUGGAGGCCCUGCAGUACGCACGCCACUUCCAGCCCUUCGCCACGCAGCAUCAGAGAGAUAUUCAGAUCCUCAUGGGUAGUCUGGUUUACCUGCGGCACGGCAUCGAGAACUCGCCCUAUCGCAGUCUGCUGGAGACCAACCAGUGGGCUGAGAUCUGCAACAUCUUCACCCGCGACGCCUGCGCCCUCCUGGGCCUCUCCGUCGAGUCCCCCCUCAGUGUCAGUUUUGCCUCGGGCUGCAUGGCCCUCCCCGUCCUCAUGAACAUCAAGCAGGUGAUCGAGCAGCGGCAGUGCAGCGGGGUGUGGACUCACAAGGACGAACUGCCGAUUGAAAUCGACCUGGGCAAGAAGUGCUGGUACCACUCGGUGUUCGCCUGCCCCAUCCUGAGGCAGCAGACAUCGGAGAGCAACCCGCCCAUGAAGCUCAUCUGCGGCCACGUCAUCUCCAGAGACGCCCUCAACAAGCUCACCAAUGCUGGAAAGUUGAAAUGCCCAUAUUGCCCCAUGGAGCAGAACCCUUCAGAUGCCAAACAGAUCUUCUUCUGACGCGACGCGGGAGACUAGACGAGACGAGACGCUCCAAUCUGGAGUGCAAUGAAAGGGUUAUAAACCCCAGCCCAGCCCUGCCCGGUCGAGGCGAGAGCUCAAACUCAAGCUCCCACACACACCCCCAGACUUGACAUCAUGCUGAUCUUCAGCAUCGUAGACAUCCAUACAUGUCUAUGCUCAGCACCCCCCCACCCCAACCACCACCAACAACGUCUGCUCUAUUUCUCACCUUUUGACCUUUGACCUUUCCAACCUGCAACACCCCUCCUUAGCAUCCUCCUCCCCUGCCUUGUCCAACUGAAGGACAGAUGUGGAUUUUUCUUUUUCUUUUUUUUUUGGUUGCAGUCAUGGACAUGGGAGUUGGGAUGGUUGGUGUUGGAUGAGGCUUCACUGAUUUCACCCGUAGAGAUGAUUGUGUAAGUGUUCCUGACUGUUGUGGAGGGGAUCAUUUUAGUUGACAGUUUGACAAACGGAUCGCUCACAUUUUCACUCCUUUUCAACCGCUCGCUUCGUUCACCCUCAUUGUUUUUCGGGUCUGCUUUGUGUUUGAGUGUGUGUGGUUCUUAUCUAGCAUGGAUGAUGGAUGUUUUUUUCCCCCUCUUUUUCAGGAUUUUUCUUCUUGGUCUCUAAGACUUUUUAGUUUUGUUUUUUUGUUUUAUUCCCCGGCCCAUUUUUUUCUGUCUUGAGGGUGGAGAAAGUGUGCAAACCAUUCUGUACAGGUGAAAACGUGACACGUUUAUGCUUGACUGUCGUUUAUUUACAGAUAUUUAAACAUCAUUCUAAAAAAUAUAUAAUAUAAAGAAAGACAAACCUAUUUAGAGGCACGUAUUGAACAAAUAGAUGGCUUUUGGCUUUCUCAGUUAAUCCGUGCACACACUUGGAAAAAGCAUAUUGACUUAAGGUGAAGGUGAACUCUGUGAAUCUUGUCAGUAAAAACCUGAGGUGAAGUUUAAAGAGACUGUAGAUUUUCUUUUUUUUUCUUUUUUUUUUUUUUCCUCCUGAAUAUGGAUUAAUUGAUUGUAAACUUUAGAUGCGUCUCCACAGCCCUAGUGUUUACGGGACGUGGUCGACGCAUGUGAGUGAAUGGGAAAGGUUCAUAAAAACGUACCUAUAUCCAUGUAUCGUGUGGCGACUUACUGAUUAUUACACGUUGAUGAUGCUGAUGACGGAUGGGGCAAGGAAGUGGCAGAUCUUGUGCUUUCUAGGGUUUUUUUUUUUUAAUCUAUCUUUCUUUCUUUUUUUCGUCCUCCUUCAACAAGAUCCAAGCCAUUUUCCUCCUUGCUCUGUGUGUAUGUGUUUAACAUAUUUUCUCAAAAGAAAAAAAAAGAAAACAAUAAUCUACUGUGAAUUGUUCAAAAAGAGACUCAUUUUUUCUUUUUCUCUUCAUUGGAUAAUAAUCACAUGUCCCUGUAUUGUAUUUAAAGGAAAGUGAAAUAAAACGUGGGUGGUGGGGUUUGGGCUUUGAGGUACAUGCUAACUGACCUGUAGUAGGCCUAUUCAAAAUGACGCCGUCGCCCCUCUAUCCAAUAGCCCCUACACCCCCACACCCUAACCCUAACCUCUCUCCCUUUUACCCAAACCAUAGCUUCUGAUAGCAGAAUACUCUUCCACACAUCACACAAUUGAACAAGGUCAUCUGGCUCUCCCAAGGUCACCAUCUGUGUUACUAUGUGACAUCAGUGACCAAUGGCACUUCAAAUCUUUACUCUCUCUCCAGAUCUGAUUACGAUGAAUGUUUGGACCACAAGAACAAAACAAAAAAAUGGAAAAGUGUCUUGACAUGUUGCUGUCGUGACGUGCGGUGAGUGCCGUGUCACUGGAGUGUGUUUAGGCUUCUCGUAGGUGUGCUCACAUUCAGAUAAUUGUUCGAUUGUCAGUACAGUCUGUGAGUUUCGUUUUUUUCUUCUUUUUAAAAAAAAUUAAAUUAUUAUUGUGGAUCAGCUGUUUCUAUCCUUUUCCAUCGUCACCACCACCUCCACUAUCAUCAAUUGCAAUGAACUCUGCAGUGCAUUUCUUUUCCUGCUCUGGUAGGUCUGCUUCAGACAAGGUUUUCCAGAGACUGGUAAAGAUCAAUUUUUUCCUCUUUUUUUUUUGAAGGCCGUGUGAGAGGAUCCUGCUGUACAGACAUCAUAUUGUCCUCCGGGUUUUUUGGCUGUUUAAAUGCGUCUUGGCUUUUUAACCAGAGUGCCGAAAAAGAAAAA